CCCAAAGCGUGCUCCUGCUCGCUCCCUCGCUCUCAUGGGGUCCAAUCCAAUGGCCGCCCCGGCCUUUCUUCCCCCGCACAAAAGGUGAGAGCAGAGGAAGCUUCAACACACGACUCGUCCAGCCACCCGCAACCAGAUUCUUUCUUUCUUCCCUCGGUCUCGCUUGGCAGGCAGCCCGAUUCCGACUCCAUUUCCCACGCACGCACGCACGCACGCACGCCGCCAAGAUCGCGGUUUUCAUGCCGCGGCGGCAGUAGGGAUCAGGCCGGGCGGGAGCGCGCGCGCGAAGGGGCCAUGGCGGCGGCGUCGCCGACGUCCAGGUACGCGGCGGCGCUCCACAGGCGGACGCACAGGGUCACGUCCGCGCUGGCCUACGCGGCGCUGGAGUGGGUCCUCAUCGCGCUGCUGCUCCUCAACGGGCUCCUCUCCCACGCCGUCGCCCGCUUCGCCGCCUACUUCGGCCUCAGGCCGCCCUGCCUCCUCUGCUCCCGCGCCGACCGCCUCUUCGGCGCGGAGGAGGAGGACGGCGCCGACCAGGCGGCGGGCGACGCGCGCUGGCUGCGCGGCCUCCUCUGCGGCGCCCACGCGGCGGAGAUCUCCGGGAUGGGCUACUGCCUCCACCACCGCCGCCUCGUCGCCGACGCCGCCGACAUGUGCGAGGGCUGCCUCUCUUCUUGGAAGAAAGAGAUGAUGAACGACGCAGAGGAGGCAGGCGCCGCGGUGUGUUCUUGCUGCAAAGCUCUCGUACAGAUCACUUCCUCACGCGAGCUGGAGGGUCCUGCUGCACAACACGAGAAGGCAGCCGUAGAAGGAGAAGAACAAGGUCAGGGCUACGUUCUGCUGGAUCAAGAAGACCACGAAGAGGAAGAAGAGGAGCAAACAGAGGUGGAACAACCAGAGCAGCAAAACGAAGAGGAAGCCCAAGAGCAGACAGGGGAGAUUAAGGCGGCUGCCGUGGAGGACGAGUCCAUGGAGUUCAUGGCUCAGGGCGAAGAGAUCACGCCCGACGACGACGAUCGGUUGGUGCCGGUUGUGGCACUUGAUGAGAUGACAAUUGCCGACGAUUCGAGUUUGCAUCCGGAUGCCCCUGGCUCCGAGGAGGGUGACAUGAAUCGUACUGCAGACGAUGAGCGUGAUCUUGAUGCCGCAGUGGUUCUGGAGGAGAAGAGGAUGCUGGCUUCUUCGGUUGCAACGGCCCCUGCCAUGCCUGAGAAUUCCAUUCCACAAGAUGAUGAACUGGUUCUUGAAGAUACUGCCGAAACUGGAGAUUUCAGGACCGAUGAAGGAGAUAUUGUUGUGCCUCAAGCUACCGAAGCAAUUCCUGAAGAUGGCAGCAAAUCAGCAGAGGUGGAGACUAACUGCGAGGUGUCAAUCGGGAGCGAUAUCUGCGAGCAGGAGCAAGACGGCCAUGGUGCUCCGUUUCAAGAACUGGUGGCGCUAGAGGAGCUGUUUUCUCCAUUGGAAUACGCAGAUGACCGGACAUCACCGCUGCAAAUCCGCCAUGAAACAGCCCCAGCUGAGCAAGCGAGUGAAGCAGAGCAUGAGGUGACGGCCAGCCGGAGAUUUGAGUACCAAUCGAAUGACCAGAACGAGGAGGACGAAGACAGGGCACCGGAGACGCCCACCUACAGCUUUGCUGCCCAAAACUCCGGCAAAAGGUUCUUGCUCGAGAGGAAGCGGUCGCUGUCCCUUUCCUUGGAUGGAAGCGUGUCGAGCGAGGUCGAGUGCGCCGAGCCUUCCACCGUCGAGCAGCUGAGAUCCGCGUUGCAAGCGGAUCGAAAGACGCUCAGCGCCAUGUACGCCGAGCUCGAGGAAGAGAGGAACGCCGCGGCCAUCGCGACCAACCAGACGAUGGCCAUGAUCAACCGGCUGCAGGAGGAGAAGGCCGCCAUGCAGAUGGAGGCGCUGCAGUACCAGAGGAUGAUGGAGGAGCAGUCCGAGUACGACCAGGAGGCGAUGCAGCUGCUGACGGAGCUGGUCACCAAGAGGGAGAGGGAGAAGCAGGAGCUGGAAAGGGAGCUGGAGCUGUGCAGGCAGAAGGUGCUGCACUAUGAGGACAAGGAGAGGAGGAGGAUGCCGGCCUUCAAGGACAAUGCCCAUGGCCCCGACGGCAAUGGCACCUCUGUUUCGUCCAGCGGCGAGGACAGCGACGGGCAUUCAGAUGAUGACUCGUGCGAGCUGGGCGAGUCUCCCAACGGCGACGGCGAUCUUCGGAGCUUGCCGGACGCUACUCUUAGCCCAAGGGCGGAUCAAGAGAACACCGGUCAUCUUGUGGCGCUGGAUGAUUCCCUGACGUACAUGGAGAUGGAGAGGCUGUCCAUCUUGGAGGAGCUCAAGGCACUCGAGGAGAGGCUCUUCACGCUGGAAGACGACGAUAUCGGCGACAGCAAUGCGGCCACCGGCCAUUCCUCAGACGAUCACGGUGCCCAUUCGCCGGAGAAUGGUGUCACCGGCAACAAGGCCAAGUUUGAAGGCAGAGCUUUUGUUUCCAGAGGAAAGAGCCUUCUGCCUCUCUUUGACGCAGUCGGUGACCACAACCUCGACCGUGCAUCACCUGUAGACGCCGAUGAUUCGACGAUACCGGUCCCCGCCGUGUUUGCGAAAGAGCAAGAGAGGCUGGCGAUAAUCGAGGAGGUCGAUCAUGUGUACGAGAGGCUGCAAGCACUGGAGGCGGACAAGGAGUUCCUGAGGCACUGCAUCAAGUCCCUCAAGAAAGGAGACAAGGGCAUGCACCUUCUCCAGGAGAUCCUGCAGCAUCUCCGCGAGCUCCGGAGCGUGGAGCUUCAUGGCAAGCACGCCGCUGAUGAUGCCAUUGCCGCAAAUUCAGCAUAGCAGAUGAAUCUACAUAUAUAUUAGAUGUGAUUUAUAGUUGUUCGGCUAUGGUGAGCCGAUCGACAGGAAUGGUCCAAGUAGCAGUGGAUCUAUGAUAUGGUACCUCUCCCUUGUGCAAGAUAAUGGCUUGUGUUCAAGGGAACGCUUUGCUCGCCUGGCCUGCGCUGGUCCAGCAUUGCGGGCUUUAUGAUGCGGUUGGUGGUGGCAGGAAUCAUUAGGGCCAUCCGAAGCUUUCACCAAGCUGAAUCAUGGUGCCAGCUUCGGAGGCAUGCACACCACUUCGAAAGGACAGAUGGAGAUUGAGAUAAUCAGAAAAGGGUAAAGGUGGUCUGGAUGUAGAUGUGGUGGAUUUUUUUUCUCUACUACUAUUUGUUUCCCUUUUCUUUCUUUGGGUUAAAUUUCAGGUUUGUUUGUGCAGAGGUGGAGAGCGUUCAAGUUUUUUGUGUUUUGUAUGAGGUUGUAGGCUUGUAGCUUGGUACGUGUGGUUUGGUCUUUGUUUUGUACGCUCUAGCCAGUUUUGACCAAGAAAGAAAAGCUUGUUAUGAUGAAA